ACAAGCCCCGUCUUCUCUCUCGCAGUUUGGGAUCGAGGCAUCGAGCUUUUCUUCCUCCCGUAAAAUCUCCCAAUCGACCGCCGCUGGGAGAGAGCAGUCGCGCCGGAGCCGGAGGACUUCUCUGCGCCGCCAUCACCACUGUCCACCGUGGCGGGUAGGGGAGGGGUACGUGGCGUCUACUGUAGGCCGCCGUCGGUGCUGGGAGCCAUCUCCGCUGGUGCUCUGGGGCCGGGGCCUCCUGAGCCUUUGCUGGGCGCUGGAGGAGCGACGCCGGGGCCCCCUCCGGCCGGGAAAGUUUGCGCCAAGAUCAGGAUCUGCAGCCGUGGAGUCGAGCCGCCACGCCUUGGUGAGGGACCGAGGGGAUGGAUUCCCCCAUGGCGGAGAAGGCGACGAAACCAGAGGAGGAAGAUAGGUUGAGCGUGCUGCCAGAUGAUGUUUUACUGUCUAUCCUGCGGAAAGUCGACAUAAGCACGGCCGCACGAACAAGUUCACUGUCAACACGGUGGAGGCAGCUGCCCUGGCUGCUGCCUGAGCUCAACAUUGAUGUCAGCUGUUUCCUACCUGCUCCACGCUCAGACCCGAUUGAGGCAAAUGACAUGCAGGAAGCUAUGGUGGCUCUAACCAAAGCAACCAGGAGUUUAUUGUCUAAGCCUCAUAGAGGAUCCACCACCACGAGGCUGGACCUUGUGAUCUACUUGAUCAAUACUUUCUUGUCUGACCUUGGCCCACUGGUGGGUGACGCAGUCGAUUGUGGUUUGUUAAAAGAUUUGGAUCUCACCAUUCAUGACGGGACAGAUGCUCUUGACCGUAAUGAAGAGUAUAUGCUUCAGCGAGCGCAGGAUAUAUAUGGGUUUUUCACUGCCUACCCUAGUGUGCUCCAUUGCCUCACAAAGCUCUCUCUGUACAAUGUAUGCUUCAGUGAACUGGACAUCAAUCGUGUCCUGUUUGACAGCUGCAAGGAACUGAAGCAUCUAUUCCUCAUUUACUGUGAUACUGGCCGUCACACUCUCUGUAAGAUAGAUGCACCAAAUUCAAAACUCAGUGUUUUAGAAAUCCACUUCUGUCGCUUUGAGAUGCUUGAGUUGGUCUGCCUUCCAAAGCUGGAGAAGCUCACAUGGUAUCAUUGGUUGUCUGAAUAUAGCCCUUUGCUGUUGUGUUAUGUCCCAUCUCUUGGGGAAUUAGAACUCUCAUCUGCGUUAACACUAAAGCAUGUACCAUUUAAAUUAAGUGAGGUUCUACAUGGAACCACAAGCAUACAUACUCUGACGUUGGACUUCCAAGGAGAAAAACUUUGGAUGCAACCUGAAAUGAAGCAACUCUGCACCGCAUUCAACAAGCUAAGGAAGCUGUCUGUGUGUGGUAUCUUUGUUGAAUUUGACAUUAUAUGGACGACAGCCUUUCUUGUGGCGGCACCCUCCAUUGAAAUAUUAUGUAUUGAGGAAAGUCAACUAUAUUCGUAUGUUUUCCUCAUGCAAUCUAGGUAUGGGACCAUGACACAUGCGGUUGGGACGAAAAUUAUAACAGAAAGUUGCUAUUCGCCGAUAGAAAAAAUCCUGAGUGGGAGAUGGACUCGCACAGCUCCAAGAACUGGCUACUGAAGGAGCUCCAGAUCUCUGGCUUCAGGCCGCUGGAACAGCAGUUUACAUUUAUAAGGGCCUUGCUGGAGCGAGCCCCCAACUUGCAGACGAUUGUCCUGAAAGGAGACAUAGAGUGCGUGUGGGAUUGUGUCGCCCUCACAAGAGAGUCUUUAUUUCCAAAGAGUGAGGCUGAUCAAGAAAUGGUGGUGAGGCGAAUCACAGACGGCAAACCCUUGCCCCGAGUGAUCUUCCAUGAAUGAUCCUGUUUUCUUCGGAUCAUCUUUGUUGUUUAAGCUGCAAGGACUGAGUUGUCUGUAUGACCUGUAUCGUUUUGGGUGUUCAGUCAGACAGUUGGAUAUGGGCCUGUGUAAUGAAUUCAGUGAGAGUGAGAGAUUGGUAUGUGCUAGGAACUAAGGCUGGGUUUCAUUUCGUGAGAAGCACAGCAUGCAUGCAAGUUCAUGUUCAAGUUGAACUUCUGGUGCUAGCUAAGCUAUAUUCUUUCUUUCUUUUGGUUGGUUGCUUGCAUGCUGGGAAAACCAUUAAUCCUGAACUUGUGAUGCCUGCGCUAUACUGUUGUA